CAAUGUAGGUGUAGGAGGGAGAGUGUUAGGGCGGUGGAGGCCACAUGGACGUGUUGUUGACAGUGUUGUGAGAGAUAGUGAAGGAGACGUGUUACCCUCGCUCACUUUACUACAAAUGUAAUGGACAGCAUAUUCAUAUCAUAAACACUGAAAGACAGAAAUGGUUUUGUUGAGUGAAACUUUAAGUUGUGAUGAACAGAAGUGAGUAACUACUGGUUGUAAAGUUGUGAGAUACACAGAUAGUGGAGUGCAGGAAACAUUACAAGUGUAGUUGAAUCAUCCAUCACCACCAUGAGCAAGUUAUUUCCCAUGUUCAAGAGGAAGGGGAAAAGCAAGGAAGAAGAAGUGGAGGAAGAAUCUAAGAAGAGACAUAUAAAAGCUAGCAAACACCUUAAAGAUCAUCACCAGAGCCCCUCUCCUAUAGUGGCCUCUGACACGGCCAAACCAAUAAAAAAACGAAAAGCAAAAGAAGGAAAGCGCAAAGCUCCUAUCCCUGGAGAAAAGGAAAAUAAACUGAUUGCAUUUAACGUGGAAGCACAACGUACGAGAGACUUCUAUGUUGAUGACAGCGGCAGCGUGAGACAGAGCCUCUCACAGCAUGGGUCAAAGGAGCAUCAUGAGGGAGACAUCUAUGAGGAUGAUAGCAGUGAAGCCCAGUUUGGUCCAUGUGUGCAGUUAGCAGAGGAUAGUCUCCUUGCUAGGAAAGAUGAUCUUGGUACUUAUAUACAUGAUACAUAUGCUUUAGAGAUGGAAAUUAAGCCUGAAGUCUUAGACAUGACAAAUGGUUGUGCAAGUCCUGGAGGCAAACAAAGCUUGGAUGUGAGUGCUGAUACAAGUGAACAUAGCUUACAGGAGACACUUCUUAGUGAUGGACAUACAGAUAAAAACCUCACUCAUAGUUAUUUAAAUUCCAGUGAAAAAGAAAUAGGCAUGGAAGAAGUUCUUAAUGAGAAUAUAUUGAAUGCCCAGGAGGUUCAUGGCAUUGCUGGUGAGAAAACAGCAACUUCCUCUGGUGACUUAGAAGCAAACCAAGAACCCACAUUGAGCAAGUCUGACAUCCACCUCACAAGUGAUGCUCAGGAAGACGUACACACAGCAAGUGAUGCUUGGGAAGAUGUACACACAGCAGUUGAUACUCAUGAAGAUGUACACACAGCAGGUGGUACUCAUGAAGAUGUACACACAAGUGAUGCUAAUGAAGUCUCACACCUCACAAGUGAUGCUUUUGAAAAUGAGGUUGAAUCAAAUAAUUCUCAUGAUGUAAAUAGCAUUGGUAGAACAGAAGUGAGAGACUAUACUGGUGAAGAAAUGGUAGUUUUAUCUGAAGUAGAAGAUGCACCACUGCCAGAGGAAGACUCGGUAAUGAUGGAUGAUAAUCAGAAGAAAGAGAAAGAAGGUGAAACAAAUGAAUGUCCUUCAGGAAAUGCAGGAAAGCAAAGGGAUGAUGUUAUUGAACAUUUUGAUGAAGUAAUUAAAUGUAAAACCGUGGAGAAUGCAGGCAAAGGUUCUGAAUUUAAGGAGGUUGUAAUGGGAGACUUUGAGUGUGGUGAUGAAACAAAGGAUUCCCAGGAAGGCUCUGUGUUGGAUGAAAAUAGUCAAGUGGAUGAAGAUGGCCUGCAUAGCAUCCAGGAGAGUGAAGAUGACUUUGACUCUGCCCAGGAGGAAUGGGAUGAAGAGGAGAGCUCAGUAGAGUCAGCGAGAGAGAGAACAAGCGAGGACACUGGGAAGGUGACAUCACAGGAGUGCAUCCAGAGUACAUUUUUAAACCACUUUGAAGAAUCAGAUGACGAUGGGGAAGUCAACGAAGCGGCAAAUAAUGUUCUCAUCACCAACAAGUGUAAGGAAAUGCAGGUGCAAGGUAUAGUCAGAGAACCCAGCAGUUCUUCCUCCAUCUAUGGUGAUGCACCCAGCAAUUUCGAAGAUUGUUCGAGUGCUGAAAUUUCUUCAAUUAUUGAUGCGUCAAAUGAAGACUGUACAAAAGAUUCAAGCCAGGAUGAUCAACAAAAUGCAAGAGUCCCUUUUAAACUCGCUCGGAAAACGUCAAAUAUUUCUACUGCCUCCAGUGACAUAUUCGAUGAAGAACUUGACGGACUGCUUGAUGAAGAACUUGACAGGCUGUCAGAAGAAGAAGUUGAAAGCAUUAACAACAAAGUACCUCAAGGGCAGUCCAGUGAUGUAGUAACUGUAAAUGGUAUUGGGAAAAUAGAGCCUUCACAAAGGGAUGAAUCCACAGUGGAAGUCAGUAGAACAGUGGAAAGGACUAAAGAGGAAGGAGAGACCACUGUAAAUAGAGAUGUAGAGAUCACGGUACAAGAUCAGAGUGGGGAAAUAAAUGAAGUAAGCGUGCAUGGCAGUAUGAGUAACACUUCAAAAGAUUCAAAUUAUUUAUCAAAAAUAACUGAGGAAAGUAAAUGUUCAGAGGAAAGCGUUAAGACAUCAAUAUUGGUAACUCCUGAAGAGUGUUUGGAUCAAGUCAGAGACAGUGGAUAUUAUAGUUUACCAGUGUCACCCAAACCAGGUGUUGCUGUGAGGCCGAGUGAAGCGGCCGAGGAAGGAGUGCAGUUGGCCAGUGAUUCCUUUGCAGACAGCGAGGAGGAAGGAAUGGUAACGCCUCCCAAUGAAGUCUUGCCGGUCGUAGAUGAAGCUGUGGUGCCCACAAGCAAAAUAAGAGAAGAGAAAGAAAAUGUUUUGGACAGUUCUGUUAAUAAUGAAUCCAACAUACUAUAUCAAUCGUGUAAUGAAAAUCAAGAAGCCGAGAUAGAAAAUGUCGACAAACUUGCCAAACAAGUAUCAAAGGCAAGUGAAGAGGGCAGUCAAGAUAUCUCGGUAGAAAUGCAAAUAAAUAGUAAGCCUGUGUAUCCUAAACUUAACAUUGGCAAAGAUGUAACUACAGCCGAGCCAAAAGAUGGAAGUGCCUCUCCGAGAGGCGGUUCUACCCCAACUAGGCACUCAAGGCACAAGUCCCCGUUGGUGGAGUGUGAAAACAAACAGCAGAGCGAGGAGAGCCUACUUAGCCCUGACCCGGUGGGAGACAGGUUCCUGGAGCAGGCUGUCUUUGUAUCCCACCAAGAAGCUGAAGCGCGGUUAGCCCAGCGAAGAGCGGCACGAGCAGAGGCGAGGGAGCUGAGACUGCGAGAACUAGAGAAACUACAACAGGAUCAAGAAAAUGAUGAGGAGAAACAGUUUGGAACUCCGACCUAUCCAGAGCCUUCGCCAAGGUCAGGGGUGACUGGGAGAACCAGUGUGCGGACAGCAGGGAUCAACAGCACAGGCCAGUACUCUAGGAGAUCCUCAGAAGACUCCAACGAUGAGUCUUUACCAGCUAACGUUAGGGAGAUGAGAGCAGAAUUGAAAGAGCUUGAUGAGAAGUUCCGCAAGGCCAUGAUUACCAAUGCUCAACUUGAUAAUGAAAAAGCAACACUAACUUAUGAAGUUGAAUUAAUGAAGGACAAGUAUACUGAACUAGAGGAGACACACACACAGUUAACGAAGGAACAUCGUAAGAAAUGUACCGAAUAUGAACAACUUAGGAAAGUAUCAACAAAAUUACAAGAAGAAGUGAAAGCCCUUCGUAGUUUGUUACAAGAACGGGAUCAGUUGAUACAGGAGUAUGGCUUGGUUGUGGUAGGAGAAGAUGAGGAGAAUGGUGAGGAGGUAGAAUCUGAAAAGGAAGAUGUUGACGAUUUAUCACCUAGAAAAAUUUUUGUUAAGAAAGCCUUAAUUUCACAAGAAGCGGCGGAAUUAUUGGCAAAGGGCGCUGCUAAAGGCUCACUAGAUGUAAGGUUAAAGAAGUUUGGUGAAGAAAAAAACGAUUUAGAAGAUCAAGUUAGAAGGUUGAAAUUAGAGCUUGAAGAAGAGCAAAACAAGAAUAGAAGAAGAGAAAACGGUUUAGACUAUGAAAAACAAAAGGAACAAAGCAAAACUGUAAACGAAUAUAAGUUUAGAGUACAGAAGGCAGAAGCGGAAGUAUCAACAUUACAGGCCAAUGAUAUUGGAGAAGGUGACUCAUCAGAUGAUUUGCAUAGCUGGAGAGCAGUUAUGUUGUCUACUGUCUUAAAGGUGGCCCGGCUGGAUGCUCUGUCCACACGUUAUAAGAUCCAGUCGGAAGAACUUGAAAAAAGUGAAGAAGAGCUUAAGCUAGAGAAAAGGAAAUUGCAAAGAGAGUUAAGAGAAGCCCAAAGUAGAUUAGAAGAAGUGGAAACCACUAAUAACCAUCUUAUAAAAAGGUUUGACAAGUUAAAAAAUGCAAGAUCUACUUUGCUUAAGGAUUUAUCUCAAGAUCCAGCGUGAGGUGAUGGCCUGGGUGGUGGUCUACCCCUCUGGAAUGUUUCCCGCUGCCAAUAUUCAACUUGUAAGCCACAAUAUAUGGUCAGGGAGUUGAUGUAACGGGUCCAUUGUGUAACGUUUUGUGAUAUGCAAAAUGUGGAAGUGUAGCCAGUUUAACAAGCAGCAACUCAAGUAUUACUCAGUAAACUCAUAAUAGAGCAACACGUCAAGUGGAGUUUCACAUAUUUAGUGAUGCUAAAUGACCUUUGACUAUGGCAAGCUAGUAUGUGAAGGACAUGACUUACAAUAUGGUGACUCCCUAUGUUGAAUAAUGGCAUUAUUACAAGUUGAAGGCUUGCUGAACAUCCCACAACUACUACUACUUAACCACCUCAUUCACUGUGAUGGUUUUAUUACUGAAUGUUUCUCAUUAGCCCAUUUAGCGAACGAAUGCCUCGGUGCCUCUAGCCUUAACAGCCAUUCAAGUUAUCAUACCUCAGGUGAUGCAGCUGCCCUCUCUGCAAAUUUUUAAAAGUGGCAACCCAUCAUCCUAAGCAAACGUCAGUUGUUUCUUCACUGUGACUGUGGCACUAAAGUGCAAACAUCUGAGUUUUCCCAUUUAUGUUUUCUCUCUCUUCUUGGUGGUAUUCCAUUUUUUGUUUAUGCAUAAAAAACCUAGUCUUGCCUCUAUACUUUAUUGCAGUUAUUGGAGUUAAUGAGUGUUAUAAUUGGUUAAAUUUAGUUAAUUGAUGGUAACUCAACCUAAAUGUAAAGAAAUUGGCUUAAGUAUAUAAAUUAGAAAAAUUAUGGUUGCAUUAGGAAGAUGGGCUGCAUGUGGAGACAGUAAAAAAAUGAAACUUUUGCCAAGGUCAAAUUCUGAUACAAAGUGUAUCAUGGUUAAAGUGUUCUUGUGAAACUUUCUCAAGGUAGAGCUUUUUGCUAGCAGGAUGAAGCCAAAGUUGCUGCUGCUGCCAGCUGCCUCUGCUGCUGUCAGCUAAGCUGCUGCUACUGUAUCAGCUGAGCUGAGCUGCAUUUGCUCUUAGCUGAACUGUUGCUGAUGUUGUCAGCUGAACUUCUGCUGUCAAAUUGAACUGCUAAGCUUUAGUUAUGAGUGUUGGGCUCUAUAUUAUAGUGGAUGCCCCAGCUGAUGUGUGAUAGGCUGUUCACAUUGAUGAAUUCUCUAGUACUCUCAUUCACUGUGGCAAAAUUUUGGGUAUACCUUAAUCUCUCUUGACACCACUUGAGCAUCAUUAAAUAUAUCUAUUUAUUUUCAACAUUUUAUAAGAAGUCACUUUUUCAGGUUCUUCCUUUUCAUAUGUCUUAGUUUCUGAUUUACCUUAUUUUUCCAGGACAGCUUUAGGGAUGUUUUUAUAAAUAGAAUUAUAGGUGUGCUGAUUUAUGAUUUAAUAUUUUAUGUUGUACUUCAAUGCACCUUUAUAACCCAGUUAUCUCUUCAGGCUCCCAUUGAUAAAAUAUUUUGUUAGCAUAAAGCUAGGGGUUUUAUUUUGCAAAAAUUUUGGUUAUAACUCAGUCAUAUUAUUUUUUUUGUGUGGAGUGUUUUGAUACUGUUUGAAAGUGUCUUGAAAUAUGUGAUUAUCAUAGAAUUAGAAUUGUGUCGGUAUGGUGUAAUUUGUGCUCCCUCACGAAAUGUACCGGAUGAUUAUUUGUUGUCAAGGUUGUUUAAAAAUGGUUAUUUAUAUGCAGGAGGGCCCCGCUUAUACAGCAGGUUAGGUUCUGGGUUACUGCUGUAAAGUGAAACGUUGCUGCCGCCUGGGGGGCUUCCCCUUCUUUUUCACUUUCAAAUGCAUGUAAAAGCCUGAUAACAUGUUUACAAAAUCAUGUAUUAAGUGAGCAGUAGAGCUUAGGCCUUAAAAAUGCGUAUACGGUACACACAUUACUUACUUUAAAACAUUUUCGUCCUUAGCAUAUAGUGAGCGGCGAAAAUAUUUAUUGUAGAAAGUCUGAAUAAAUGAAGAAUGGAUAUAAUUGAAAACUGCUGCAUUAGUGAAAUGCUGUAAAGUGAAGCACUGUAAAGCGGGGCCUUCCUGUAAUUGUUUAGGAAUAUUUUCUCUUUUGUUAAUGUUUAGUGAGGUGUGUUUAAAGUGAGAGAGCACUGACUGCACCCACGGUAAGUCCUCCCUUUAUAAGCACAAACCAACAUUUGUUCUUCUGAUUUUGUUUUUGCUUUUCUGGCAAGCCCAAGCAUUACUUGAUAGCAGUACCAAAUGUAUUUAUUUCAAACAAUUUUCCCAACGCUGAACAGGAGCACAGUGGACCGUUGUUGCAGUUCCUUCUUUGCUCUUGAGUUUGGCUUGGUCAGCACCUCAGUUAGUCUUCCUGAGGACUUGUGCUACAGCAAAAUGCACUAUUAAAACAUGCAAAUAAAUCUAAUUGUAUAUAUGUUAAAUGUUUUCCCUAGGCAGUAAAUGGUUAUUUCAGAUCCUUCUCUAUACUGCUUUGUGGUUCAUAUUUAUAUAAUAAAUUUUUAUUUAUUUUAUUACAAUUUGUAUUACAAAUAUCUACUUUACUAAAAGAAAAAAGUUCAGUGGGCUUGUUAUUGUUUCCUUCAUAUCUGUUCAGAAAUAAUAAUUAUUGAUUUUUGUUAUUGUCAUCUUUAUUAUUUUUAUAAAAAGAAUAUAUUUGUUCUGGUUUGUGAGGUAAGACAUGAUAAUCUCUGCCAAUGGUAAAGUGAGAAAACCUGAGCCUGACUUAUGUCUCAGAAUUAGUGGCUAAACCCAGUUGUGUGAGAGUCUGGUAGCAUCAUUCUACCAAUAUGUGAGAAACUGCAAAUACAUGUAGAGAAUAUAUAUCCAAUGGUUGUGGUUGGAAACAACUUUACAGGGUCAUUGUACUCUAGCCACUUGUUUUUGAAAGUGGUUAAGAGUGCCACACACCAAGCUAAUAAUUAGUUCCUGCCAGAUAUAGGACUGCAAAGCUAAAAUAUGUUUCCAGUUUUUGCAGAUCCAUUCCUACAUGAGUGAGGAGUACAGUGGGUGUGGAGCCUGCAUAGUGAUAAUUUUAUACAGAAACAGACAGAAUUAUCAAAUUCAUCCUACAAGAGCCUUGGGCAAUAUAAGUGUUUUGGUAUACAGUUUAUAGUCGUUGUUCGGAUUCUGAAUUAUCAUAUUGAAGUCUCGUAUAGUGAUAGAAGUUUGGAGGUGAAUAAAUAUAUUUGGGAUGUUUACAGCUUGACUGAUAUUGUUAUUUAUUAUAUUGUGAUCACUGUUUUAUAGUAAAAAUUAUAUUGCUGUAUAUAUAAUUGGAUCGUGAGGAGCCACACUGGUUGUAGUAUCUUCUAAUAAUUGAGCAGUUUUGCAGGGUUAUGGGCUAUCUCAGAUUGACUUGUUUAUAUAAUGUGCUCAUAACACUUGUUAGAUUAUAAAAAACUAUUUAUUGAAACCACAUUUGUGAUCAAGAAACUAUGAUACUAAAUUGAAGUGAUCUGGGGUAAAUGAGUUAUUACUAGUGGUAUGCAUCUUCGAUAUGAGUAAAGCUAGUUUUGUCUUCCAAUCUUCAUUCCUCAGUGUUUUGUAUUUUUUAAAUUGCUAUGUACUUUAGAAUACAAUACAUUAUAGUGUGGAAAAACUUAUGGCUGUCUAGGAUAGCUAUCUCAAGCACGACUCUUAAGAAUAUUGUGCAUGAGCUUUAAAGACAAUCGAUUAGCUGAAAUCUUCAAAACAAAAAUAUAAAGCUUCUUUAAUAGAAGUAUCCAUAACUAAAGUAUGGCUACUUGAAGACAUACAGGUUAUUUGUUUUUAUCAAUGUGAAUUACAUUUUUUAGUUAUGGAUAGUGACAAUCAAGUCAACAAUAUCCUAGACAGCUAGUCCAGUUGUUAGCAUCAAGCUUUUGUGAAUUCUCUCAAUGCUGUGUACUUAGAGAUUUAUUCAGGUAAGAGUCUGCAGUAUAUUUAAAAGUAUAUGCAGAUGAGUUCUGUAACAUUGCCUUUUUUUUUUUCCUUGCUCUCAUGUGCCAUACACUGAAUUCCCUAAAUCUGAUAAAAAGCAUGGGUGACAUCUAACAAGUGUAUAGAGAGUAAGUCAGCAGUGUGGAAUGAUAGCCACCACUAACAUUACUCAUGGAAAGCUAGAAGUGCAUGUACAGUGUUGCUUUGUUGAAAUGAAAAUUUAUUGCCUAUCAUAACUACAGCUAGUUUUUUUGCUAUAUAGAAGUUUCUUAUAGCUAAAGAUAAAAAUUUAUGUGCUUCAUCGAGUUAUUUAUUGGUUAGGUGAUUUGGUGAAGUCAUCCACAGUUGCACGUUUACAGCAGUGUUAACACUUUGUGCCAAAAAAAAAUAUAAUGCAGUAGUUAAUUUGAAAAUUUUUUAUUCUUUUAGAUUUCUUGUUACAUAAGUCACACACAACUUAAAAAAUAGUAGGCAAUAGAUUAACUAACUUCAGUUGGUCAUGGAAGAAUAUUUUAUAUGGAUGUAGUCGUCAGUAGGAAUAACUUCUCCACCUUUGGUCUUUGUCCUUCAUUGAAGAAUAUUUUGUUAACUUAGAAACCCUUCACUCUCUUGUAUGAUAGUCUUAAUUUUUUUUUUUUUUCAACGAACCGGCCGUAUCCCACGGAGGCAGGGUGGCCUGAAAAGAAAAACAAGAGUUUUUCUUUUUAAAUUUAGUAAUUUAUACAGGAGAAGGGGUUACUAGCCCCUUGCUCCAGACAUUUUAGUUGCCUGUACUACACACAUGGCUUACAGAGGAAGAAUUCUUUUCCACUUCCCCAUGGAGUAGUCUUUGAUUAUAAUUCUAUAAAAUCUCUUAUCAUGUCUUGCAUUAUCUGUCAGUAGUUUAACUCCUGUUCUUGUCCUGCAAUUUUCUGUUUGCCAGGAAUCUUUAUUCAAUCUUUAUUCCUGUACCAUUUUGACUAUUUAAUGUAGUAUAAUUUGGGGGCCAAUUUGUCUUAAUAACUCUGCUAAUAAUGAAUUGUUAAAUAUAUGUAUUUUCAGGUAUUUAUUUUAUUUAUUAUUGUUAUUGUUAUUUUUCAUUUACUAUAAUUUGACAUGGGAUUGCUAUAUCAGUGUGACGGGAAAAGAAUUUGAAGAAUAUACAAAAUUUUUAAUAUAAAAAAUAUCUUUUUAUAUAUUUCCCACUUAAAUACAUGUAUAGGCAUUGAUGAUACGCAUUUAAACUUAGUAAUUUAUGUCAGAGAUUAAAUAGAGGAAAUACUGAUUUCAUUGUUAAGUACAUUGGGAGAUAAUUUAUGGGUCAGGAGUAUAAUAAUUAGGAGUAUAAUAAUCAGGAGUAUAAUAAUCAGGAGUAUAAUAAUUAGGAGUAUAAUAAUUAGUUUCAGGUGUAGCCAAGAGAGUGAGUGACUCGUCUGUGAGUGUUUUACCGCCAGUAAAUAUUACCAUCAAUGCCAAAUGGCCUAAGCAUUUAAAUGCUUUGUGCAUUACCUCUGAGACUUGUGCAUUUUAUGUCUUUAUUAGACAAAUGUAUAUGACAUGCCAUUGUUAAUUCAGCUGACUUGUAAUAAUAAUAUUGUUUAAUGUGUAGGAUUGAAUCCAGUAAUUACCAUGAAUGGUUUUGUAAACAUUGUAUUGAUCCCUGUAUAAUAUUUCAAUGCUUUAAAUAUAUUUUUGUUUUUUUGCAGUCACUGUAAAUACCAAACAUGAUGCACUUCAAGCAAUAUUUUUUUUAAAACACUUGUAGUAAUAGGGAGGGGGAUUAUUUUGUAUUUGAUGUUGUACAUAUACAGUUGCCCUGUUAUAUAAUUAAAAGCAAUCAUAUAUACAUUAUGUGUGUGUGUGUGUAUGCACGCAUGUGUGCGUGCAUGUGCUCAUACAUAUACACAUAUAUAAUGUAUGUCUAUAUAUAUAAUUUUUUAACACAACGGCAGUCUUCCCUCACACACACACACACACACACACACCAACAUAAACACAUACACACAAACACAUACACACAGACACAUACACAUACAAAUACAAUACAAACACAUACACACAUAUACAAACACAUACACACAAACAUAUACACAUACAAACACAUACACACAAACAUAUACACAUACAAACACACACACACAAACACAUACACAUACACACGGACACACACAGACACAUACACACACACACAUUUUUUUUUAAUUUGGUGGCCAUCUUCUGCCAUGGCAGGGUGACUGAAAGAAGAAAACCUUCACCAUCAUUUAUUCAAUAUCUCUCUUGCCAAACGUGUGCUGACAUCACAAUUCAGAUUACUCUCUGACUGCUGCAUCCCCACUCCUCCUGCAGAGUGCAAGCACUGCCGUUCUCACCUCCAGGACACUAGUUCAGCCAACAGGUUUCCCUGAUUCUCUUCAUAAGUUACCAUACUCACUCCAACAGCACAUCAUGCCAUAAAAAUCACUCGCCUCCACUAACUCUGAUUUAACAUGCUCACACAAGCCUGUUGGAUGUUCAAACCCCUAGCACUCAAAAACUCCUUUACUGCUCUCCCUCUAGCCCUUCCUGGGAGACAGCCCAUGUGUUAAAAACAAACUAGGGGUGACUUACCUGCCAAUGUAAAUUUUGUGAUAGAGGACCUUGAGGGGGCAAUACUUCGUCCACACUAACUCAAAAUGUGAUGGAGUGUCAAGUACUUUAUGGAGCUGUCCAAUGUAAUUGUAAGGUGCUUUAAAUUUGUGAAUGAGCAGUUUUCUGGCUUUGUAUGUAGGUUGGGAAUGACCUGAUACAGUAUUUGGCUUUUAUGUAUAAAUUUGUGAAUGGCUUGAUUGUACAGAGUUAAAGGUGUACAUAAUGCUCUAUUUCACCUUGUGUAAAGAAAAACAUGAAUUAAAUUAAUACUGACUUUA